AAUCACAGACCCCCUGUGGCUGGCGGCUCGGGAGGCAGUCGCGCGCUUGUAUCCCCAAGAUGGCGGCAGCUAGGGACGUUUGUGGCAUACGAGAAGUGGCUGCGGGGAAUGGGCGGCGGCUCCACCUGGGGAUUCCUGAGGCCGUGUUUGUGAUGUAGAUUCCUUCAUGAAACAACCUGGGAAUGAGACUGCAGAUACAGUACUAAAGAAGCUGGAUGAACAGUACCAGAAGUAUAAGUUUAUGGAACUCAACCUGGCUCAAAAGAAAAGAAGGCUAAAAGGUCAGAUUCCUGAAAUUAAACAGACUUUGGAAAUUCUAAAAUACAUGCAGAAGAAAAAAGAGUCCACCAACUCACUGGAGACCAGAUUCUUACUGGCAGAUAACCUGUACUGUAAAGCUUCGGUUCCUCCUACUGAUAAAGUGUGUCUGUGGUUGGGGGCUAAUGUAAUGCUUGAAUAUGAUAUUGAUGAAGCUCAGGCAUUGUUGGAAAAGAAUUUAUUGACAGCCACAAAGAAUCUUGAUUCUCUUGAGGAAGACCUUGACUUUCUUCGAGAUCAAUUUACUACCACAGAAGUCAAUAUGGCUAGGGUUUAUAAUUGGGAUGUAAAAAGAAGAAACAAAGAUGAUUCUACCAAGAACAAAGCAUAAUGCUGGCAGUUAAAAAUGUGGUUGUUUUCCAAACAUGUUAUGUUCAAUACCCCUUUUAUCCUUAAAGAUUGACAUAGCUUUGAAUGAUGUUUUAACAGCAAGAAUAAUUAAAACUUUUGAAAAAGAUAAUCACCAUUUUAUUUAUUUAUAAAAACAAAAUUAAUUUUGAAUAUUUUUUGAAAUUAGCAGUAUUUUUCCACGUUUCCCAGGAAUGUUAAUGCUGCUUUCAUCAUUCUUUUUGUCUGUCAUAAGAAAACUUAGCUGGAAUGGCCGAAAACUGUGAGAUAUGCUAUGGAAGCUGAAUGGUGGACACUAGCACAGUUUACUUUUUCUUUUUAUUGGCUGAUGUUACACUCCCUUGAUGUGGAUAAACCAUUUGAGAGAUAGGGACGACAGACAGUUUGGAUAUUUGUAAAUUUGUUUUUCUUUGGUACAUGUAGGACUUAAUGGUCCUCUGUUGCUACUGUCUUCUAUAACUGGGGUUUCAUGAGUUACUGCUUAACCAAUAACUAGUAGGAUAUUCUGGACUUUUCAGGAAACGGUCAUUUGCCUUCCAUCAGAGUAAGCGGGCUAUUAAGGCAACACAUUUUCUAAACUUAAGCAAGUGCACAGUCUUUUUGAAAUGUCAACAUAAGGGAGAUCUUAGCUAACAUGAAGUAAAAUGACUCACUCAAAACUGUUGGCUAAGGUGUUUUUGUAUUUCUUGACAGUUUUCCAAAACAUCUUGACCAGGAAUAGUAAGAUAGGUGUAUGUCUGCAAUGGUUGAAAAGAGUUGUGAGCUGUUUUAUUCAUGAUAAAACCUCAUAGGAAUAGUAAAAAAAUCCCUGUGGAAAGCCAUUAUUAGCAUAGUGGCUAGUACUGGAUGAUACAGAUUCUGGUAAAAACACAAAUGUAUUAUUUCAUCUCCAUGUAGUAAAAAGUAUACUUGUACAAUGUUUUGUACUUGUAUUCCAUGAUAUUAAAACAGUGAUGUUAAAACUA